GGGGGCGUUGGUCGGCACUCGUGACCCCAGGAUCUAGGAGGCGAUCACACAUCGGCAGUGUUCCCUGACCCUGGUCUUCUUGGAGGUUGACGGACUUUCAGACUCCGUGGAAGAGUGGAAUAGUGUGAUGUCUGAGACACAGCCACUAGUGGGAGGCAAGGGGACUACCUACUCGGCAGCCCCACCCCCCUAUGCCCCGCCCCCUCAGCAGGCCCCCUAUCCCGCAGCUCCUACCACCACUGUCAUCACUCAGCCUCCGGUCAUUGUCCAACAACAGGUGGUGUUUGGACCCACUCCAGUCACCGUUAUUUGCCCCAACGGUCACGAGGUCACCACCAAUGUCUCCUACAAGAGCGGGAGCUUCACGUUCAUCGUGGCUGCCCUCAUCUGUUUCUUCCUGGGCCCCUGCUGUGCCCUCAUUCCGUUCUGUCUCGACGGCAUGAAGGAUGUGGAGCACACGUGCCCCGUCGACGGCACUGUACUAGGAGUGUUCAAGAGAUCUCUGUAG